CGUGGUGACGUCGUUCGCCCGCGACCGAGCGAGCCCAGCGGUUCCGUGUGGCGGCGCGCGUCUCUCCGGCGGGAAACCUGAGAGUGGCUGCUCCACGCCGGUAGUUUCUGGUCUGAGAGGGAGAGGCAGGGCGGCGAGAUGACCGACCGCUACACCAUCCACAGCCAGCUGGAGCAUCUGCAGUCCAAGUACAUCGGCACGGGCCACGCCGACACCACCAAGUGGGAAUGGCUGGUGAACCAGCACCGCGACUCCUACUGCUCCUACAUGGGCCACUUCGACCUUCUCAACUACUUCGCCAUCGCCGAGAACGAGAGCAAGGCCCGAGUCCGCUUCAACUUGAUGGAGAAGAUGCUGCAGCCCUGCGGGCCGCCGGCCGACAAGCCCGAGGAGAACUGAGGCCCGGCCCGGCCGUGGCCGCCGCCGCGCGCGCCUCUCCCCGCCGCCUCCAGCCGCCCUCCUCCAGCCGCCCGCCCCGUCCCGCCGCCCGCGGACCGGGUCUCCGGUGCCGACCUGCUCGUGGGGACUCCGGAGCUCGACGUCCAGAGAGCCUCGGCCUCCCGGAGGGCUGCGUGCGCGGCGCCCUCAGCCCUAGCCGGCAAGACUUCGGGAAGACGGCACGGGAGAGGGGGGACUUGGAGGCUUUGCUUUGGGUUACUUGGUUAUCGCUGUUUUAUCCAUAAAGUCUAGAAAUUCUGCAAUU